AUGAUCUUCUUCCUAAAGAGUUGCAGUUGCCUCCUUGUAUUGAGCAGACAAUUACAGCAAUGAGUCAGAACAGUGGAGGAGGGACAAGUUCCCCCCCAACAACUCUCGCUUCAGUACCUAGGUUUAAGGUGAGUUUGAGUAAACCAGAAGUCUGUUGCCUUUGGACAUCAGUACCCAACUGCAGCCAUGAGGCAGGACAUGCUGGCUGUAGCUGAAGGAAGGAAUUUCCCUCUGAAGCAGGGAGUGUCUGCAUAUAAAAUGGUCUGCAGUUCUCUGCUUCAUAGGUCAGAAGCUGGUUUAUUUUGUUUCUGUGGCUAUGCUCAGUCCCAAAAACAACAACUACAACUACAACAAACAGAACAACCUCAAUCUGACAAAAGAAACCCAUCAUUUGUAAUGCAUCAUUUAACACAAUAUUCUAAUCUGGCCUGAGCACAUUAAUGAACUCAUAUGGAUGAAAAAAAAUGAUCGAUAUAAGAUCUUUCUGUAUUAAUUCUAAGUGCAGAGAUGAUUAUUAGGUUAUCUCUAAAGAUCAGGCCGUAUGUUCUACUGUUAAAAGCAGAGCAUUGUUAUGAAAGCUGUCCAUGGGCACAAGCUAUGUAAAAUGUGAGGUCUCCUAGUUUUUUUUUAGAAAGAAUAGAGCUCCAAUCAGCUUAAACAUGUAAUAUUUAUUUAGGUUGCAUUUCAGAAGAAAAAAUGCUUUAUGAUAUUAACCACGAUCUUGUUUUCUUUUAGUAGUUUAUGGCCAUUUACAUUCCUCACACACACUAUGAUGCAUUAAUAAAAAAAAUUUAAAAAAUGGAAAGAAAUUGUAAUUGGACAUCCAAACCACAAAGCAAGCAGUUGUGUGGAAAUUUCGCUGCUUAGCUGGGACUGGUAGCCAAAGUAAGUGAGAAACCUUUAUUCACUGUCUAAUUGUACACACUGCAGAUGCCUCCUCCAUCACCUCCAAGGGAAGUGCCAGCAGUGCUUUUUCCACCUCUUCCAGCUUCGCUGUGCACUCCUUAUGCGCAGAGCAGGAUCCCGGCCCUUCGGGAGAGGUGACUAGCCGCCGGAAGGCAGAUACGCUCUCUGCGGAAGCCAAACUAACCAGGGGUUGUGGAGAGAAGGCUGGAGGAAGCUCUCAGCAUCAGCACCACCAUCAGAUGACCCCUCCCAAACGUCCGGUGCUGAACAUCUCUCCUCCGCCGGAGGACCUGUUCGACAACAGCCACACGUCAGGAUGCCAGGACGAUGCGCUGCUGGAUUCGGAGCAGAGCAACAGCAUCUGGAUGGAAAACUCGCUCUCUAACUUCAGCAUGAUGAGCUCCAGUUCUUACAAUGACAACACGGAGGUUCCACGCAAGGCCCGGAAACGCACACCACGUCAGAAGCCGGUGCCUGUUGAAGAGGCCAGCAUGGAUGUGUUUGAUGCAGACAGUGCCAAAGGUCCACACUUUGUGCUUUCCAAAUUUAGCUCGGAAAACAAGGCUGGUAGCAAAGCGAGUCCUGAGGGAAACCAAGCAUCUGGUCAGAAAGGUGGGAUAUUGUGUGGCCAGUACCCGCAGAAAAGUGAAGGAAAGGAGCUGAAGAUCCUCGUCCAGCCCGAGACUCAGCACAGAGCCCGAUACCUGACCGAGGGCAGCCGGGGUUCUGUGAAAGACCGCACUCAGCAAGGCUUCCCCACUGUCAAGCUGGAGGGUGUGAAGGAUCCUGUCAUCCUGCAGGUGUUUGUAAGUAAUGACGCAGGUCGUGUGAAGCCUCAUGGAUUCUAUCAGGCCUGUCGAGUGACCGGUCGAAACACCACUGCCUGUAGAGAAGUGGACAUCGAGGGCACCACGGUCAUCGAAGUGCCCAUGGAUCCCAGCAAUAACAUGACGCUUUCCGUGGACUGUGUGGGCAUCCUGAAACUGAGGAACGCGGAUGUAGAGGCUCGUAUCGGGGUGGCAGGAUCCAAGAAGAAAAGCACACGUGCCAGAUUGGUGUUCCGGGCGAACAUCCCUCGAGCCGACGGCUCUGUGCUCACUCUCCAGGCUCCUUCCUCUCCUAUAUUGUGCACUCAACCUGCAGGAAUACCCGAGAUCAUGAGAAAGAGUUUACACAGCUGCUCGGUACGAGGCGGCGAGGAGGUGUUUAUCAUCGGAAAGAACUUUCUCAAGGGAACCAAAGUGAUAUUUCAAGAGAACGUCUCGGAUGAGAAGUCCUGGAAGGCAGAAGCUGAGAUCGACAUGGAACUUUUCCAUCAGAAUCAUCUUAUUGUCAAAGUUCCUCCAUAUCAAAAUCUUGCCAUUACCUCUCCUGUGUCUGUUGGGAUCUAUGUGGUGACUAAUGCUGGGCGUUGCCAUGAUGUGCAACCAUUUACAUACGCUCCAGAGCCAGUAAUGGAUGUAUCUGUGAAGAAAGAGACCGGGCCUCCAGGAAAACCCUGUUCUUUAGAACAGAUAAAAGUAAUGGAAAGUGCCUUGCUCGUCAAAACUCUCGUCAAAACAGAAGAGGCGACUCCAAUGGAGGUCUCCAGUAACUCUGCAUCCUUUAAGACCUCUGAUCUUAUGAACUCUGCUCAACAGACCCUAGAAAUGAGCAACAUUUCCAACAACAGCCCUACAUUCACAAACUCUGUAGCCUGCCAACCAAACGAGCAAGAGCAGCCUCAGGGUUCUGUUUUCUCCAACAAGGAACCAUUAAACAAUAUUCAGAAACAAGACACCACCCAAAACAACUCUUUCCAUGUGUCUGGGAAAGCUCUGCUCCAGCAAGGGGCCCAGCAGUUCCUCUUAGACAGUGACCGUCUAGCCCAGGAAAGGUCAGGGACCACAGCUAGUACUUUGGUAGGGAUUGCCCAGAUGGACGACAGUCCGCAGCACCAACUGUCUCUCCUGCCUCCGGAUGAGGUGGCACAGCUCGAGCAGGCGGUUCGCCAGCUGCAGGCGAAGGGGUUCUGCAACAUCCAGCUUCAUUCAGAAGAUUCACUAGUCAAGAAGCAACAGCACCAGCUUCAGCAGAAGCAAAUCCAGCAACAACAAUUACACCAGCAGCAGAUGCAACAACAGCAACAAGUCCUGGAGAACCUGCAACAUCAUCUUUUCCAUUCCCAGGUUCCAAUGCAGUGCAGUCGAGAGCAGCAGGGCUCUUCACCGGGCAUGGUGGAGAACAGUAAUACACUCUUCCAGCAACCACCUUCACAACAGCAACAACAGCAGCAAGCUGUUAUGUAUCACCAAGCAAAAGAUCUCCUCUCCAUGCAAUCUGGAUUUCUUCAGCAAGCCCCUUCUCAUUCUUCUUCACCCCUGUUUCACACUUCAAACCCCUUGGCUGAGGCCCAGUCCCCUCAAGAGGCUCUCUUCCACACACAGAAAACUUCACCCACUCAAGAACAAGUCCAAGCCUCGCUUUUCCAGAACACCAUGAACGUUCUUGACAGAUCCAGCCUGACUGCAGAGCCUCAGCACUCUGCAAAUAGUAUUUUUCUUUCCCAGAAUGCCUUAUCUGGUCAACUUGCAGGAAAUAACAACCAGUCGCAGCAGCUAGCUUUCCUUAGCUCUAUGCAGCCAUCUGGCCUUGAGCCACAACCUGUGUUCCAAGCUACAAGCCAGUUGUCCUCCAUUCAAGAGAGCACACCCAUGGAACAGCAGUCCUCACAACAGGCCUCACAAACUCCGCCAGGUACUCUCUUUCAGACCAUCCAACCAUCGCCAAGUAACAAGCACCAGGCCGGGUUGCUCUAUAACUCCCUGAGCUCAGGAAUGUCUCCAGAACAGCCGCCGUCUAGCCUCAUGUUCACUGGUCAGCCUCAGAUGCCUUCAAUGAAUACCACAAGCCUAAUUUCUUCAGAGCAGCAGAACCCUUCACUGUCCUACCCCCAGAAUGGCAUGAUUGCCGUUAGGCAGGAAGUGCCAUCCGAGCCCAUGUCCUUCCAAGAUCAGAGCACUGCUGUGGACAAUCAAUCUGUGAGUAAGCAACAGCUGUUCCAGGAUCAACAGCCAAUGCAGCUUGCACCGAGUUCAGGCACUGGCUCUCAGCCUUCUGUGAAUCUCUUUAUAGCCCAGUCUGACAUGCCAAGAAUGCCUCAUGCGUCACAGUGUGCCUCACAGGAGGUGCUUUUUGCUGCACCGAGCAGCGUGUCCGGACUUCAGACCACCACGUCGUCACCGGUACAGCAACCUGGAUCUCUGUUCCAGACCACAGUGAAUGGAAGCCUCAGCCAGCCCAACCAGAACCAGCAGCCUAACCUCUUCCUUUAUGAAAUACAGAACGACUGCGGUCAGAUGAUGAACUCCCAAGGAAGCUCGCUGUCGAACCAGAUCAUCGGCAUCAGCCAGAACCAGAGAGAGAACGAUGGGACAAUUCAUUCCUUACUCAACUCCUCCAUGAGCGAAUCUGGGAACGUGCAGAAUUCCCUCACCACCUCACAAAACAUGGAGAAGAUCGAUGACCUCCUUGUGAGCCUUCAGGAGCAAAGCAACAGCUUAUCGCAUUCAUACUAGGACUUCACACAGCUUACAUGGUUUUUAAGGAAACGGCAGAGGAAUCCGCUAACCGACGUCUGUCGCGUAAACCUACACUUUUGUUACUGACUGGCGUAGACGUGAACGUCACGGCACACGUUGGUGGCGUCGGCCUUUAGAUGUAAACGAAGCGAAUCUUAUAAUAGAAGCACUUUUUGUGUGUGUUUUUAAAUGUAGUUGCCUCAGCAGCUAAGUACACUAUAAACUAUUUCUAUAUGGAUCUGUGACUAAUGCUAAUAUUUAUAUUUAAAUUUAAUAUCAAAUAAUAUAAAAUUUAAUCAAAUAAUGAAAGAAAUGCUCAGAUAAAAAAGAAAAAAAAAGAAAAAAGUUUGAACAUGUUAUACGUUUCGCCCCAGUAGCACUUUAGUUUUUUAAUUUCAACUAAAUGAAUGUUUUUUUUUUCUUUUUCUCAUUUCCUGCUUAUGUUUAAAUGUUAGUUCUCUUCAUACACAGAAACACAUCUGGAAAAACAAUGAAAUGUAAUAUAACUUUACGAAGUGGACGUAUCUCACUAAAUCAUGCUCCGCGCUGGAUUUGAUCGUUUAUUAGCGUCUGGAACGCAGAUAAUAAGCAGUAAAUGUUUAUCACGCUGCUUAUUAACAACAAGGGUUAAUAGUGUACGGUUAAUUUUUUUAAUGAAGUUUAAGAUGGACACACUGUCGUAAACACAACUGUUACAGGACAGAAUACUAGCGUUCGGUGUAGCUGAGGAUCGGUCAAGGACUCGACUGAAUCGGCGCCUUUUUUACUAUGAGACUUCUGGCCAGUUUUAUGGCUCAGAGGUUUGACGAUGGAAAAAAGGUUGCUACAUCAUGAAUGAAAGCAGAACAUCCUACAAGUUUACUGCAAAGCUUUUUGUAAAGCUGCCAAUCUUUUCUUUCUUCUUUUUUUUUUAAAAUAUAUAUGCAUACAUUACAAGGGCCCCGCUCUGUGUAAUAUUAAAAGCAAUGGCUCAUUUGAGCUUAUACUGAGCUAAUUACCAUCAGAUUGCUUUUUUAAGGACUUUUUUAUUGCUAGUUUUGAAUAGUGACUAUUCAGACCUCUGUUUAGGUGGAGGAGUGAUCUUUUAGAUCUUUAAAGGAGCCCUGUGUUAGGGGAAGAGCUGUGAACUUAAUCUGGAGAAAGAGCUGUCUGUGAUUGGCCUUCAUCUCUGUACAGGACAGAUUUUCAACAAACUGUUUGUUUCUGUCAUUAAACAUUUUGUGGAUAUUUAACCAUAUUUUCACGUUUGCCAGAAAACUUGUAAAUUAUAUAAUUUAUAUCUCCAAAAACAUUUUAAAAUGGGAGAAAAACGGCUUCUGUUAUAUGUCUUUAAAAUAAAAUAAAAAAUCUAUACGUGACCAUCGAUUAUCAGUAACAUGUUAAUUCAUUGUUUAAACUUUGAUUCCAUCUGAUGAUGUACAGAUUUUUCACACUAGAACAGAUUUAACUGCUGGAUUGAAAAAGUAAUAAAUAUAUUUUCCUUUUUUUUUUUUUGGUAAACCAAGUAAACGUAACAAAUUUUAACAUUUAUGACCUCAUCUGACUUUGGACCAAUCACAUAUUUUCCUCUGUGAUUUUUAUUUUAUGUUAUAUUUAAUUAUA